GCUCUGCUCUAGGAACUAUUCCGGGGCGGUUCUCCGGCCUGCGCAAUACAGGUCAGACUGGACGAUCACCGUGGGCCCUGCUGCCCUGGGAAUCUAGGAAUUCCGCAGCACACAGAGAACCAGCAGCCUUCUGCCCUGCCCAUCACCGCAACUGAGCGCCAUGAAGCUGCUGGGCCUCGUGCUGCUGUUGGUGACGGGGGCCACGGCGCAGGACAUCCCCCGGAUGCUGCGGGGUUUCCAGUGCGAGGAGCACUCCCAUCCGUGGAUCGCGGCGCUUUUUGAUGGGGUCCGUUUCCGGUGCACCGGCACCCUGAUUGACAGGCAGUGGGUGGUGACGGCUGCUCGGUGCAACACCGGCCGCACCCUGAGCGUCCGCCUCGGGGAGCACAACCUCUGGCAUCUGGACUGGUCAGAGCAGCUGACCGUAAGCUCCCGGGUCAUCCCGCACCCCUGGUACAACAGCAACACCAGCCAGAACAACAUCAUGCUGGUGAAACUCCUGGUGCCGGCCAUCCUGAACCGCAACGUCAACCUGCUCCCGCUGCCUAGGGACUGCCCCACGCCCGAUUCGACCUGUGUGCUUUCCGGGUGGGGCAGCAGCGCCUUCCAGAAAGCCCGCAAAUCUCCAGGCCACUCUCGCUGCGCCCGCCAGCUGCUGCACUCUGACGUCCUGCUCUGUGGGAAUAUCACGGUUCUGCCUGACGCCCAGUGCCAGGACACCCGCCCCAACCGCAUCACCCCCAACAUGAUCUGUGCCGGCGUGGUCCACGGGGGCACUGACUCCUGCCAGGGAGACCCCGGCUCGCCGCUCGUCUGCCAGAGGGAACUUCAGGGCAUCGCCUCCUGGGGCUUCGAAGGAUGCUCCCGGCCCAACCAGACGGGCGUGUUCGUUAAGGUGUGCAACUACUUGGCUUGGCUGCGGGACACCAUGAGGUCUGGCUGACCACGCCUGCCGGGGUGGGAGCACUGACAGGGAGA